CAUACGUAGAAGAUCUCACAAGAUGCAUUGAGCAAAGCAGAAGACUUAUUAUCGUGCUAACUCCUGACUACAUACUCAGACGGGGAUGGAGUAUUUUCGAACUGGAAAGCAGACUCCAUAACAUGCUAGUCAGUGGAGAAAUCAAAGUGAUACUGAUUGAGUGUACAGAAUUCAAGGGUAAGGUGAAUUCCCAGGAAGUAGAAUCACUAAAGCGCAACAUCAAACUUCUAUCUCUGGUCAAGUGGAAGGGACCAAAAAGCAGCAAAUUAAAUUCUAAAUUUUGGAAGCACUUAAUAUAUGAAAUGCCCAUCAAGAGAAGAGAAAUUCUGUCUCGGUGCCAUAUUCUAGAGUCUACAGAACAAGGACUCUUUGGAGAACUCCAACCCAUACCUUCCAUUGCCAUGACCAAUACCUCGGCCACUCUGGUGUCACCUCAAGCUGAUCUGCCUGAUUUCCACCCUUCAGAUUCAAUGCAAAUGAGACACUGUUGCAGAGGUUAUAAACAUGAGAUGCCAACCAACACCUUGCCAGUUCCAUCCUUGGGCAACCACCAUACUUACUGUAAUCUGCCUCUGACGCUACUCAAUGGACAGCUGUCACAUAAUAAUGCCUUGAAAGAGUCACAGGAAUUUCCCAGGAACAGUUCCCUGCUACCUUUAUCAUCCAAAGAGCUUAGCUUCACCAGUGAUAUUUGGUAAUGAGACACCUGAAUUUCUCCCAACAGCUAUAGGAGUGGAAUGUCUGCUAUACCAAGCAUAAAGUACAACUAAUAACACUGAGGUGCUGAAAGCGUGUUUGAAGAGAAAAGGCACACAAUUCACUUUUGUACUUAGCUAUUUUUGUUUACAUUUUUAGAGUAGUGGGGCGGGGGGAGAAAGAAAGACUUCUUUUGUAGUUUGGCACCUUGUUCCGAUGUACAGUUUUGAUUUCCUGAAAAGAAUCGUUUUAAAAUUCUGUUGUUUUACAGGAGAGGGUUAAUGAUACUACACAGACUGCAAGCUCAGUAGGUGAGCUAUCUUCCCCUAUCAAUGACUAUUUCAGUAUUCAAGUGGUAUUUGAACUAAGGACACAUAAAAGAUUUCAUUUUAAUGUGAAAGUUCUGAACUAAGUUUAAG